CUUUGGGUUUUAGUCUCUCCUCCUCUCCAGCCUCUGCCAUCGCCAUGUCGGAAACCGCUCCCGCCGAGACGGCCGCCCCGGGGCCCGUGGAGAAGUCUCCCGCCAAGAAGAAGACCGCCAAGAAGGCGGCCGGCGGCGGCGCGGCGAAGCGCAAGGCCGCGGGGCCCCCGGUGUCCGAGCUCAUCACCAAGGCGGUGGCCGCGUCUAAGGAGCGCAAUGGCCUCUCUCUGGCCGCGCUCAAGAAGGCGCUGGCGGCCGGCGGCUACGACGUGGAGAAGAACAACAGCCGCAUCAAGCUCGGCCUCAAGAGCCUGGUGAGCAAGGGCACCCUGGUGCAGACCAAGGGCACCGGCGCCUCGGGCUCCUUCAAGCUCAACAAGAAGGCGGCCUCCGGGGACGCCAAGCCCAAGGCCAAGAAGGCGGGCGCCGCGAAGGCCAAGAAGCCGGCGGGGGCUACCCCGAAAAAGCCUAAGAAGGCCGCGGCGGCCAAGAAGGCGGUGAAGAAGACCCCCAAGAAGGCUAAGAAGCCCGUGGCCGCCGGCGUCAAGAAGGUGGCCAAGAGCCCCAAGAAGGCCAAGGCCGCCGCCAAACCCAAGAAGGCGGCCAAGAGCCCCGCCAAGCCCAAGUCGGUGAAGCCGAAGGCGGCGAAGCCCAAAGCCGCCAAGCCUAAGGCGGCCAAGCCUAAGGCUGCAAAGGCGAAGAAAACGGCGGCCAAGAAGAAGUAGGAAGCGCGCUUUGAGAAGCGAGGAAACCCCAAAGGCUCUUUUCAGAGCCACCCCAUAGAUCUCUGAAA